AUGGUGAACUUUUGGAGUCAGGUUUAUACUCACCCUGUAGAUUUCUAUAGAAAAGUGGACUCUCUUUGCACUGCUUUUUUUGUGGAAGAACAUCACGCAAUCGGCUGCGGGAGCCAGGGUCCUGUGGAAAGAGGAUCUCUUUGGGUUGCUUGGAUCAGAGGAAAUGUUUUCCUAAGGAAAAGUUUCUGGAACACAAAUGACUCUCCCCGUUUCUCGAGAGUCAUCAGAAGUAUGCUUCAGCUGAAGCAUCUUCUCCCUACGUUUCUAAAGUGUGAGAUUGGGAACAGAAUGGAUGCUUCUUUCUGGUGGGACUCGUGGACAGAAUUGGGGCCUCUAAGAGAUUUUGUGGGACAGAGAGGCCCAAGAAUGUUACCGUUAAGUUUGGAGGCGAAAGUGGUGGAGGCUGUGAGGAACGGAGAGUGGUUUCUCUCAAAUGCGAGAUCGGAAGAGGUCCAGCAGCUGGAGAUUAAGCUCACAGGUUUGCCCCCUCCACAACCUGAUCGUGGAAACGACAAUUACCUUUGGCGCACUCCAGCAGGGACGGAUUUGAAUAGCUUCUCCUCUGAAGGGACUUGGGAACAGUUGAGGACUCAAUCGCCACAACUCCCCUGGACAAAGCUGGUUGGUUCAAGGAGGCUGUGCUGA